AUGGCACUUGACAAGCGUUUUGUGGUGGCUCUGGCAUUAAAUGCACUGGGCUGUUUCUUGGUCUACGAGUUCGUGAGCUUGAGCCCUGGGAUCCCUGAGAACCGCGAGCCCGCGCCCUCCGCAAAGAACGCAGGGCGCAGGCUUAGCGCGACAAAGAUCGAGAUCGUCGAUGGCGCCUUCACUCAGGGCGGCAAGAAGAUCGGCAGGCACCCAGGCAAGAUCUUUGGUGUUGGCGGCAAUGACUACACAGCGCUGGCACAGGAGCUAGGCUUUGAGGCUUUCCGAACGUGGGGCCGCGACCAGCUUCCCUGGGCUAUGAUCGAAGCAGAGAGGGCGAGCUUCUUUGUCAUGGCUGGCCUUGACAUGACCCGCGACCCCAGAUACUACGCCGAAGGGAGCGAGCACUGCUCCGAUGACUUGGAAGCGAGUGAUUACUGGAAGUCAGCGCUCCGGAGCAUACUGCGGGAGGUGAACACGUACAAGAGCGAUCCUCAUAUUCUCAUGUGGCUGGUCGGCAAUGAGAUGGAGAUUCCGAUUGACACAAAGGCCGGCAAUGACUGCUUGUGGAAGCGCGUGAACUGGGUGGCCGGAAAAGUCAAAGAGGAAGACCCGGAUCAUCCGGUGGGCGUCGCCUUGGCCGGGAUCGCCUCGCCCAAAGUGAAGAAGAUGGUCGAACUCUGCCCAAACAUUGAGGUCCUGGGAACCAACAUCUAUGGCAACGAGAUUCGAGACGUCGGCGAGCGGCUGCGUAAGGACGGCUGGACCAAGCCGUGGGCCUUCACAGAAUGUGGGGCGCUGGGUCCCUGGGAGGUGCCGCAGACGUCCUGGGGCGCGCCGAUGGAACAGUCCUCCACAGAGAAAGGGCGCUUCAUCAUGAAAGGCCUCCGCAUGUGCGAUGACGAUGAGAUGUGCGUGAGCUUCAUGGCCUUCCUUUGGGGCUGGAAGUGGGAGAAGACGGGUACCUGGUUUGGCCUCAUCAACGACUGGACGGAGGCGAAGGGCUUCAGCUUCCUGAACGACAUCGGGCAGCCAAUUUACGACGAGUUCGGCCCGGAGGAGCAGAAGGCCUUCAGGAUCCACAUCGAAGGCUUCAAGGUCGAUGGGGACAAGUCCGUGGAUCACCUGGGCUUCGCGGCCACGAAAGGUGCAGAGGUUCAGCUGGAUGUCUUGCCGGUCGCGACGCCUUUCGACGGUGACAAUGGAGCGUGGGCCUGGUGGGUUGUGACGAGGGAGAGCCUGGUGCAUGCCAAGUCCGAUGCCAACAUUCCCGAAGAGACGCAACCGGUGAUCCCGGGGGUCGUCGCGGCCUGCCCCGGAAGCUUCCGUGCGAAGCUGCAGACCUCGAUGCUGGAUGAAGGCCGAUAUCGCCUCUACGUCUUUGUGAGGAGGAAGCACGAGGGAGGAUUCGAGCACUACCCAGAAACUGUGGAGGCAUCCCUUGCGGUUCCGUUUUACGUCGGGGAGCAGCGCUGCGAGGACGUCACGUCGGGAUACUGCUUCGACGAGGUGACCCGUGUCAUGACCAGCACAAAGCGGAUGGGCUAUGCCAUGUGGCCUGCGGAAGGUACCUUUCCCCAUUCGGACUUCAAGGAGGUCCAGGCUUCGUUGCACAUGGUGAACCACGCCGGCUGCCCGGCGGCGUGCUCUGUGCAGAUUCCGGCGGAUGCCACGACCGACUGCUCCGAGGCACCCGAAGUGCGCUAUGAGGCGGACGUGCCGACAAUACAGAAGCUGUUUGAACCUCCGGAGAACCCUUACGUGGCGGGGGAGUGCCACACCGCGGUGCCUCAUGAAGAGUGCUGGUACUCCACGAAGUGGCUGAUGGAGGAGGGCCGCUUCACCACACCCGACUUCCCGGAGUUGGACGAGAGCUCCACCUGGGAAGAAGGGCAGCUGGCCUUGUACCAUCGGGCCAGAAACAACUGCAAGAAGCCGUGUACGGGCGACGAAGGAAGAUCCGAGCCAAAGAAAUCAGAGGACUGCCACACUUCCGUGGAGCCUGAAGAUUGCUACUGGGCCACAAAGUGGCUGAUGGACGAAGGCAGAUGGACGAAUCCAGAAUGGUUCCCCGAGGUUACGGCCGAGUCCACCUGGGAAGAUGCCCAGGAAGAGCCGACGACGACGAAAGAGCCGGAGACGACGACGAAAGAGCCGGAGACGACGGAAGAGCCGGAGACGACGGAAGAGCCCGAGCCGGAGACGACAAAGGAAGACUGCUACACCUCGGUGGAGCCUGAAGACUGCUUCUGGGGCACGAAGUGGCUGAUGGAUGAAGGCAGAUGGAAGCAUCCGGAGUGGUUCCCGGAGGUCACGGCCGAGUCCACCUGGGAAGACGCCCAGGAAGCCCUGUGGAAGCGUGGCCAGAACGGCUGCCACAAACCCUGCGCCCCUGAAUCUGAAGAGACGCCGGAGACUGAAGAAGAGGAAGACUGCCACAAUUCGGUGCCGCCGGAAGAUUGCUACUAUGCCACCAAGUGGCUGAUGGACGAAGGCAGAUGGAAGCAUGCACAUGCGUUCCCGGAGGUUACGGCCGACUCCACCUGGGCAGAUGCGCAGCACGCGCUCUGGAAGCGCUCGGAGGGCAGCUGCAAGAAGCCCUGCGCGCCGGAAGAGCCAGAGACGACGAAAGAGCCGACGACUGAAGAGCCGGAGACGACUCAAGAGCCGGAGCCCGAAGAGCCGGAGACGACCCCGGAGCCCGAAGAAGAGACGGUGCCCAAAGAGGAACCAUGCUACACAUCACAGCAGCCGGAAGACUGCUUCUGGGGCACCAAAUGGCUGAUGGACGAAGGCAGAUGGGUUUAUCCAGAUGCGUUCCCGGAGGUGACGGCCGACUCCACCUGGGAAGACGCCCAGGAAGCCCUGUGGAAGCGCGGCAAGAACGGCUGCCAGAAGCCCUGUCGGCCUGAAUCUGAAGAAUCCGGAGAGCCGAAGCCCGAGGAGCCUGCGGAGCCUGAGGAGCUCAAGGAAGAAUGCUACACUUCCGUGCCGCAUGAGGAUUGCUACCAUGCCACCAAGUGGCUGAUGGAGGAGGGCAGAUGGAAGCAUCCAGAUGCGUUCCCGGAGGUUACCGCCGAGUCCUCCUGGGAAGAUGCGCAGCGAGCCCUGCACAACCGUGGAGAGAACGGUUGCAAGCUGCCCUGCCCCCAUGAUUCUGACGCAGAGACCGAGGAGCUCGACGAGGAAAAGUGCCACAACUCUGUGCCUCAUGAGGAUUGCUACUAUGCGACAAAGUGGCUGCUGGAUGAAGGCAGAUACAAGUAUCCAGAUGCCUUCCCAGAGGUCAAGGCCCACUCGACCUGGGCAGAUGCCCAAAGGGCGCUGUGGAAGCGUUCGAAGGACGGCUGCCAGAAGCCUUGCCGGACGGCUUAG